AUGGAAUCAGUCCGCCCUCUAUAUAUUAAGGACACUCCUCCACCGCGCAAUACCGGAGCAUCAAGCACACGCGCGCCCGGCAAGCGAAAGGUGUAUGGCAAGCGACGAACUGACGCUCCAAGAGCUGUCUUUGAACAACGAAGCCCCGCAAAGACCCUGGAUGUAGCGGACAGCGAUGCUGUGCAAAAUGCCGUUAAUCUACUCCAGGCCAAGUUGGCCGAUUUUAAGAUUGACGAAACAAAAAUAACGAAAAAGGUUCAGGAAGUGUCUAAGCAGAAGGAUAUCCAUAAAGCGGCAGGAGCAGGUCUUUGCAAGAGUACCGCAAAUGAGACGCCUAUAUCAAACCCUGAGUCGCUGGGGGACACUGUCCCAGCUCAGCAACCCGUCCUGAAAGCUACCCCAAGACGCAAAAAGAAGUAUCAGACCAUGGUGGAAGUGAGAGUCACCCCGAGGGUAAUCCCUAAAGACCCGCAAAUUCCUCCUACCCUGGACAGCUGCAAAAGGAGCACAAGAAAGAUCAAACCGUUGCAAAGGCCCUCAUUUGAGUAUAUUUCAGAUGAAAAAGCAACUUCAUAUGUCCGUUCUAUACUGGACCAGACCUUGUCCCCAGCAGCAGCGCAGGGUAUUCAAAAAUUUGAUUCCUGGGCAGCGCGUGCGGGGGAGAUGCUGGAGGUCGUAAAACUGGCAGAAGGCUCAUACGGAGAGGUCUACAAGCUCAGGCUACGAGAAGACAUAUGCCAGAAGGAGAUGUCCAGCUCCAGGUUGGCGCGCCUAAGAGCGUGCGGCAAUGGCGUUUUCAAGGUUGUUCCUUUACGAGCCCAGAGCGGGCCUGGCUCGAAAAAGUUUACCAGCAUCGAGGAGAUCGUGGCAGAAGUCAAAAUGUUAAAGUACCUGGACCCUAUACCCGGGUUUGCACGCUUCAGGGAAGUCCACGUUGUCCAAGGCCGGUUUCCCGAAGCUUUCCAAAAAGCCUGGGACCACUACAGGAAAACAAAAGAUGAUUGCCUCAACCCUAACCCUUCAAGUAAACGAGCCUAUCCUGAUUCGCAAAUUUGGGCUAUUAUUGAGAUGGAUGAUGCUGGUUGUGAGCUUGAAAAGUUUUCUUGGUCAUCGAUCUUCCAAGUCUAUGAUAUAUUUUGGGGAGUUGCUAUGUCCUUGGCUCGCGCUGAAGAAUACGCUUUGUUUGAGCAUCGCGAUCUCCACCUUGGCAAUAUUUGUAUUCGAAGUACACGACCGGACGGUCUCAUGCACCCGCCGUCUGACUCGGAGAUCAUAUGCCAAGCGUACUCAAGUGGUUUUGGGCUGAGCACACUACAGACAACACUUAUUGACUAUUCGCUUUCAAGGGCGGAGCUGGUAGUCGAUGAGACGUCAGAGACGCUGGAGGUGACAUCUUCGGAUCUGGACAAGAAGCAGAUUUUUGAUGCUAUCGGCCAAGACGAAGAUGAUGCGCUCUUGAGAGACACUUAUCGACACAUGCGUGCCCAAUUAUACAAGGGCAACCCAAUUGACACUGAAAAAACACCCGAUAUUCCUGGAAUAUGGGCGGAAUAUGCACCACGAACAAACCUUAUCUGGCUCCGAUUCCUUCUUAAGAUGCUGCUGAAAAACCGGAAGCAUGAAACCUCAGAGCCCCCAUCUCAAAACCAACGGCAGCCCCUUGCGCCAUGUUCACCAAACAAGAAGAUCAAGAAGGGAGCCAAGUCUGACAAGAAGAAGCAGGACGCUAUUAAUGGAUUGCAGCUUGCCUCAGAUGCCCACUCGCAAAUAGUACAGCUGAAGCGUAUUCUUGAGGAAAGACUCCUUGCUGUUCUGGAACUCUUGGAUCUGGAACACGGGCACGAGGAUAUGUGCUGUUCUGCUGACUUGGUUGCCUUUGCUAUUGAUGCUCAGUGGCUUGAUGAGAGGGAUUUCUUCUUUGCGGAAUAG